AUAUGAUAUUACAAACUUAUCUCCCUAUUGAGAUUUCAAGCAUACUCAAGUACAUUGGAAUUUUCCUACUAGCCUUUUUGGUAUAUUUGGUUCACAGAAUUUUGAUAAGACCAUACCUAUAUUUGAGGAAGUACAGAAAAUACUCGAAUGUGAUGACCAUGAAUACCUUCUUGCCCUUGAUUGGAGACUUCAAGAAUUCAAUUGAUUGAAUGAAUAACAAUAAAGUGCAUUAUGCUUUCAGAAAGGAAAAAUCUAAAGAAUUUGCGAAGUAUGAUAUACAUGCAGCUCUUGAUGGACCAACUCCUUGUAUCUCUAUUCUCAGUAGCAAAGCUAUUGAGGAGUUUAUACAACUGCAGAAGACGUCCAAUAUUGAUAGACUGUUUAUUAACUAUGGUAUUACUGCCAUGAUCCCUCACUCUCUUGUAGGUAGAAAAUCAGGGCAAAAGACGAUGCAGAGAAGGAAGAACAUGACUACCUGGCUUGGUCUCAACGGUGCCUCAAGCUAUAUCCCUCACAUGAUUGAUUGCUGCAAGAAGAUCCUUGACUCCAUGGAUAAUGAGAAGGAAGUCAAUAUUAUGCAUUGCAUGAACACUCUAACUUUUGAUGUCUUCAUUGACAUUUUGUUUGGAAACGAUGUUGAAAAACUUGUCUCUGAUCUACACCCAUAUAUUAAUGAUGAUGGUAAAGUUGAGGAUCUUUCCCUUAGAGAUAUUCUCAUUAGAAUUGGGAAGUGAUACAUCGAGCAAUACUAUAAUAUUACAACAUUCAUUGCCCCAUUUCUUGCAGAGAACAAAUUAGUAAAUCCUUACAAAAGAAAUGACAAAAACUUGACUGUUUUCAGAGAAAGCAUUCGGAAAAUAGCGAAAUCGUCCAAAGAUACUACUUCUGUUGGAUACAAAUUCAUGACUAACCAAAAUUGCACUGAAGAGGAGAAAUUAGACGACCUUAUUGGUAUCAUGCUCGCUGGAACUGAGACUACAGCUCAUUCUUUGGUAUCUUGCUUGUAUUUUCUGAACAAGUACCCAGAAGCCUUGAAAAAGUUAAGAGAAGAACUUAAGAGGGAAGGAUUCACUAAGACUGACGACUUCAUCAAUCAGUGUACUGUCGAAAAGUUCCAAAGUUGUACGUACCUCAAUAGCGUUGUCAAGGAAACAUUGAGACGUGAUACUGCUGUGUCUGAGACAUUCGAUUAUGUAAGUAGUUCAGACAUCAAGAUCUGUGAUGUACCUAUCAAAAAGGGAACUAAGAUCAGAAUUGAUGCUGUAUCCUCUCACUUUGAUGAAAGAAAAUGGCUAGAGCCAGAAAGCUUUAUCCCAGAAAGAUUUGAUUUCGACUCUGAAUUUUACCAAAAAUCUAAGAAAAUGGGAAAAGUGGCUGACAUAUAUUCUAGAAGAAGCUUCUCACAUGGAAAUAGAAACUGUCCUGGCCAAUCAUUCGCUCUAUUAGAGAUGAAACUCGUCAUUGCUUAUUUUGUCACUCACAUAGACUUCAACUACUCCAAAGAGGAUCUUUCAAAUGAAAAUAUCGGUUUUGGCAUGGGAUCGCAAUUUGUUCCGAACAUAACCAUAAGAAAGCUAUAACUACAGUCCUCCGCUAUGUCAUUUGCCCCUUCAGUUUACUAUUGAUUCA